AUCAGAGCAUCGCAGUACGAUCCCGAUGUCGAUAUUACUCUUCACGCCUAUCAACAGCAAUCACAGCAGCAGGGACAGCUACCACUACAGCAGCAAACACUAAACUCGCGUAGCUCUGAAGAACUUACUCGGCCAAUAACCGACCGCCGCAUCCACUACCCUGACUCCUCCACCUCCAGCAGCUUGACUGCUACAACAGUCGCCAAUCCUAGCUUCAGCGCUCUCAAUAAUGUUCCUACCUCAUUACCGGCAUCACUUUACGGAGUGGUUCAUGAUAAAACUAUAUUUCUUUCACCCCCAUCCGCGUUAGUGCCAUCCUCCCCACUCACACGAUCAACCGAUUCAAUUCCAAACGCUUCCUCCUCCUUGUCACAACCCUCAACCUCUGGAUCCCAACACUCUGCGCCGCUGCUUUCAAAAAUCUCGUCGCCGAUCCUCGAGACAGCCAUGCUGAGCCAAUUCGCGCCUUCGAUAUCAAAGAACCCAUCAUCCCCUCGUCAGUCCAUCGAUUUCCAACAACAGCCGCAAUGGCAGCAGCCGCAGCAGGAGUUUCACAAACGGAGACAAUCCAGAGAAUUGGGAACAGAGUCGAGGAGAACUCUGGACCAUGACAAGCAAAUGGCUGGAAUGAGCAUGAUGAGUUUUACAACGAACCGACAGGAUGAUGGAAGGUUGCAGCUAGAACAGGAGCGGGAGUUUCAAAAUAUGCGAAAAUUCAAGACUUGGACCCGGAGCAAAGUGCUACUGUUUUUGGCAAACUCCAUCCUUUUGUUCUACUCGGUCGCGUGCACGGUGGUGAUGGUCAUGUCCUGGAAGGGCGCCACGUGGUCGAAACCAUACCUGGACUCUGGCAUCAUGAUGAUCGCCAACCGCAACGCCCUCUACAUGAUGAUGGUCACACCUCCUUUUGGGAUCGUCAUUGCGCUGUUGGGCUACAUUGGUAUUAUGAGACAGAGUCGCAAGGUUCUAAGUAUCUAUGCGAUCCUGCUCUGGCCGCUAUUUGCAAUGUUCACAUCCAUCGGAUACAUCUGCUUCCGCAGGAACCACGUCUCUUUGUACCAAAAGCUGAAGUUUUCAUGGAUCAAUGAGUACACACGCGAUGACCGCCUGAUCAUUCAAAAUGCUCUCUCUUGUUGUGGAUACCGUUCCCUUGGAGAUUACCCAUCAUACGACAUACGCUGUUUUCCACGGGCUCCGUUACCGUCCUGUGAAAGUGUAUUCCUACAAUACCAGCAGGAUUUUUUAUCCAGCACGUCUUCUGCAGCAUUCAUUAUCCUCCCCCUCCAGCUGCUUGUCAUGAUCGUUGCCCUGCUCUGCUCGAACCACAUCGAUAAUUUGUAUCGUUCUGCGAACCCUGUCAUCCCAAAACUUUACACGCAAUAGGAUAACGAACGGUCAUAAUCACUCUCACAGAUAUCUAUCUCUAAUCACAUACAGCCAUAUAGAUACCCAUAAUAUAAU